UCCAUCCUCCUCCACACUUUGCAGACGAGGAGGGGGAGACAAUCAGCCUGGCACCAACAGGAGGGGGAGAACGAGGAAUGUAGUAAAUCCCCAGCCAUGGUGAGGGAGGAGGCACAAGGCAUCUGUGGGGCCUGGUGCAUGGAUGUGUCCAGCCUGGUCCUCUAGAGACGAGCAUCCUUCAUCCUGAGGAGGAGGAGGGAGGAGAGAGUGAUUCAGGCUCUGUGAGAUGAUGAGACUCCUGGCUGGCAUGGAGCACCGGAGGCUUUGAGGCUGCCUCCAGGAAGGUACCUGCUUAGGGCUUUUCUCAGCACCGAGGGAGGGACAACUGCAGGUCAGGAAGAUGGAGAUCUUGGCUCUUGCAAGUACAAGCGGCGUCUUGCUGAUGCUUCUGCCCUGCUUCCUGCCGGCUGCCGCUGGGCACAUGGCCAUUAAAGUGCCCCUGAAAAAUUACCCAGGCCUCGGCGUGGUCCACAGAGCCAGGAGGUCGGCAGAAGAAGACACCGGGCAAGACACCAACUUCUUGGACAUGAAAGACAACCUGAGAGGGAAGUCUGGCCAAGGAUAUUACGUGGAGAUGAGGAUGGGCACUCCUCCUCAGACGCUGAACAUUUUAGUGGACACCGGCAGCAGUAACUUUGCAGUGGGUGCAGCCCCCCACCCUUUCCUGAAGAGAUACUAUCAUCGCCAGAGGUCCAGGACAUACAGGGAUGUCCGAAGAGGGGUGUACGUUCCUUACACUCAGGGAAAAUGGGAGGGCGAAUUGGGUACAGAUUUGGUUACAAUCCCACAUGGUCCCAACGUCACCAUCACAGCCAAUAUUGCAGCCAUAACCGACUCCGAUAAAUUCUUCAUCAACGGUUCCAACUGGGAGGGAAUUCUGGGACUUGCAUAUGCCGAGAUUGCAAGGCCUGAUGACACCCUGGAACCAUUCUUUGACUCCCUUGUGAAGCAAACACGGGUCUCGAAUAUCUUCUCACUCCAGUUGUGUGGGACAGGCUACCCGAUAAAGGAGGGCAACACGUCGGCCUCAGUGGGAGGAAGUAUGGUCAUCGGUGGGGUUGACUCCUCUCUGUAUGUGGGUAAUAUAUGGUACACACCAAUCAGAAAGGAGUGGUACUAUGAAGUCGUCAUUGUAAAGAUUGAAAUCAACGGACAGGAUCUCCUGAUGGAUUGUAAAGAGUACAACUAUGAUAAGAGCAUCGUUGACAGUGGAACCACAAACCUCCGGCUGCCGAAACGAGUGUUCGAUGAAGCCGUAAAGGCAAUUAAAGCUGCUUCCUCGACAGAGAAAUUUCCCGAUGGGUUCUGGUUGGGAGAACAGCUGGUAUGUUGGCAGGAAGGUACAACACCAUGGAAUAUCUUUCCGGUGAUUUCUCUAUAUCUGAUGGGUGAAGCUACUAAUGAAUCUUUCCGCAUCACCAUCUUGCCACAGCAAUACCUUCGCCCUGUGGAGGAUAUCGCUACGUCUCAGGAUGACUGCUAUAAGUUUGCGGUAUCCCAGUCUUCUACUGGCACAGUUAUGGGAGCUGUCAUCAUGGAGGGCUUCUACGUUGUGUUUGACCGUGCAAGUAAACGCAUAGGAUUUGCAGUCAGCACAUGUCACGUUCAUGACUACUCGCGCCAGGCCUCUGUGGACGGUCCGUUUUAUGCAUCAGACUUGGAAGACUGUGGCUAUAACACCCCACAGCUGGAUGAGUCGGCAUUGAUGACCACGGCCUACAUCAUGGCGGGUGUCUGUGCCCUCUUCAUGCUCCCCCUCUGUCUAAUGCUGUUCCAGUGGCGCUGCUUCCGCUGUCUAAGACGAUCACAAGAUGAUUUCGCAGACGAUAUUUCCCUGCUGAAGUAAGAAGCUACAUCUCCUCUACCUGUUGCCUCCAGGUGACCGCAAGAAAACCCGCAGCAGGGGGCUUGGUAUGAUACGGCCAUCGGUCCUGCACGGGCAGAGUCUACCAGAGAAGCCAGGACAUGAGCCAACCAAAUGAUGGAUUAUUUUUGCAGCUUUACAAAUCUCAAAUCUUUCACUUGUGAUCAAGCAUCUUCUUAUGUAACAGCGCUAAAUACCAUUAGGACGGAGGGAGUGUCGAUUAACCCAAAGCCAUAUUGAAGACUAACCGAAACUGCAUUCCCUGUUCUUCAUGCUUAUUGCUAGGUCAUGCGGGGUCCUUGGUUUGCGGGCGACGUAAUAAGUGAACAUUGUUAUUCUAAAGACAAAAGGGAAUCAUAGAAGCAAAAUUCUUUAAGGGUGGCGGGAUGUGGAGGAGGUACAAAGGCUCCAAAUCUGCACCAGCCCCAUAGCUGCAAGGUCCCAUGUAUGGCGGUUCAGUGACCGGUGUGUUGGUGGCAUCCAUACACUAGUAAAUGGUCCAUAGCAUGGCAGUGAGUGUCGGAAGUCUGUAUACCCCUCUCCAGUCCAGAAGGGCUACUUUACAUUAGGGACCAAACCUUCUUAAUUUGAUAUCCCCAAACUGAAUGUGUUUUUAUGGUUAUGACAUUCCUGUACACAGACCGCAGAUUUCUUCUUGUUGGCGAAACUGGCAGCAACUGAAGAAAGGAUAGGUCAUCCAUAGCAGAUCUGUGGCGGGUCUGACACCCAGCACCCCCACCGAUCAGCCGCCAGAAAUAACAUAUUGGAUGGAACUGGAAACAGCGCCAUCUGCUGUGUAGUGGCCAUGCUGGGGUACUGUAGUGAAAGGGAACUGAGCUGCAGUACCGUGCCACAGCCACUACGCAGUAUAUGACGCUGUCUGCCUCCAGAUCCGUCUGCGGAGUUAUUUCCAGUACCGGAUGCUGCUGAGAACAGCUGAUAAUAGGGGUCCUUGGAGUUGUACCCCCACCGAUCUGAUAUCGAUGAGCCAUUCUAAGGAUUGGUCAUUGAUAUCUACAGCUUUUAAGGUUGCUUUCAGCCCCAUGAAAUCUAUUGCAAUCCACUUAAAAUAGUCUACAGCAGGGAUGCUCAACCUGCGGCCCUCCGUCUGUUGUAAAACUACAACUCCUACCAUGCCCUGCUGUAGACUGUCCAGGCAUGCUGAGAGUUGUAGUUUUGCAACAGCUGGAGGGCCGCAGGUUGAGCAUCCGUGCUGUAGACUAUUUUAAGUGGAUUGUAAUAGAUUUCAUGGGGUUGAAAAACAACCUGGCCAUCCCUGGUCUAAAGCAACAAAAAGGAGUAAUAGUCCUUUUUUGCCAAUCCCCUGUGUGUCUGUGUCGAUGCCUCCUUUGGCGGUCUUACCAUCACUUCAUUGGUGUCAGGGAAGCAUCCGAAGGGGCUGGGUAAGGUGAAUAUAACUCCUUUUAAUUAUUUUAGACCAAUGUAAAUGGUUUGUAUGUAAAUUAUAUGGGGUUGGACAACCCCUUUAAGGCUAAUUUUACAUGAGCGUAAUAUGCACGUGUAUUUGUGCGCCCGUAUUACAGAGGCAAAUCCCACCUCCACCGCGGGUCUGAUCACCUGAACCAGCAGCGUCAUAGGUCCUUGUAAUGCAGUUAGUCUGAGUGGUCAGACCCACUGUCGGGCCGAGAUUUCCAUCCAUAAUAUGGGAGCACAAACCCACCUGCAUUACACACUUGUAAAAUUGGCCCAAGUGAAAAUUAAAAGGAAAAAAGAAAAUUAAAGAGCCCUUGUCACCUUAAAAUGUCUGUUUUAGUAAAUAAUAAUUCUGCAGUAGCUUUUCUUACACAGCAGGCAUGCUCAACCUGCGGCCCUCCAGCUGUUGCAAAACUACAACUCCCAGCACGCGCAGACAGCCUACAGCUAUCAGCCUACAGCAGUGAAUGAUGGUGGGAGUUGUAGUUUUACAACAGCUGGAGCAUCCCUGUUAUACAGUAACUACCAUUCCUCUGUUAUUCCACUUGAAAAUAUGUGAAUAAAUUAAAAAAUUGCCCUUUUUUAAUAUGGCGUCUCUCUACACAAUCUAUCAGUACUGGCUGUACACAUUUCCAGGAGGAAUCACAGAGCAAUAGCAGUAUGUAUGUACUAAAACAGACAUGUCAGGAGAACUCUUUAAAGGGGACACGUGUCUGAUCAGCAGAGUUCUGACCACUGGGCACCCGCUGAUCAUGAGAACGGGGUACAUUUACCCACAUUUGAACUGAGCGCCAGACAUGUGUCCACCACUUCAUUAAUUUCUAUGGUACUGCCGGAGGUAGCAGAGUACAAGCGCCCUGCCAUCUCCCACAGCCCCAUAGAAUUGUAUGGAGUGGCAGUAUGUGUGUCCGCUGCUCCAUUCAAAUGGGGGAACAUGGGUCCCCAUUCUUGUGAACGGCAGGAACCCUCACGUUCCAAUCUCUUGCUGAUCAGACUCUUACUCCCUAUCCUGUGGAUAGGGAAUAAGUUGUUGUAAUGGAACAGUCCCUUUAAAGGGGUAUUCCGGUUAGAAGAAGUUAUGCGACCACUGGUACCCCUAGCGAUCACAAGAACAGGGGUCCUGUACCCCUGAAAUAAAUGAAGCAGCUGGUCGAACAUGCACACUGCCGCUCCGUUCUUUGUCUAUGGGACUUCCGGAUAAGGCCUCAUGAACACGAACGUGUGCAGGCCGGGCCCGUGCUGCGGACCGCAAAACUGACCGUGGGGCUGCAGCAUUCAUAUUGCGGACCCAUUCACUUGAAUGCGGUCCGCAUCCUUGUAUUGAGGGCCGGGCAACGGCCGUGUGCAUGAGCCCUAAAGCUGAGCAUUGUACUCGGCUGUCUCAGGCAGUCUCAUAGAGAUCAGUGAAGCAGCAAGGUGCAUUCUGGAGCUGUCACUCCAUUUAUUUCAGGGGUACAGGGCCACAAUUCUGAUGAUCGCUGAAGGUCCCAGUAGUCAAACCUCUAUUGAUAUAGUAUUCAAUAAAGGAUAAAAAAAACACCAAAAAAAACCACUUUAAUUAUUAAAAAUUCUGUUUUAUCAGUACGGGAUGCCUAGCCCUCCCCAUAAAUCUUUUGUAUGUAGGGUCUCUAUUGAGAUUUCAGGAGGUGAUCCGCCUGUAUCAGACCCUUUUAUGCAGCACAUAUAACAAGGAGAAAGCCCCUGUGUAAAACUUGUGUCAGACCUGGGCUCAUGUCGAUCCAAGAACAUGUUCUGGCUUUGCGACAUUAUAUCAUAUGUGAUCCUACCCGUUAUCAGAUUGCAUAGAUCUCUCUUAUACAGGAUGAGGAGCCCACCGGAUGACCCCGAAGGAGGAUUGAAAUGAGAUUUAUAGGGGAGGGCGGCUUUUCAAUUCAUUGACAAUUUUCUUAAUGUAACUGUACGUGAUGAUCAUUAACAAUAAUUGUUAUAUCUAUGGUACUAAAACGAUCAGUAACAAUCAGAA